ACCAUCCAUUCAUUUGCUUCUACUGUUUUUCUUUGUCAAAAAAAAGAAAAAAAGAAAAAAAGAGUUUCUUCCCAGCAUAUGUCUCAAAGGCCUUGCGUUCCUCACUCUUCUUCAAUAGCUUUUGGUCUCCAUUCCCAUCUCCUGGUUUCCAGUGAGAUGAACCCCAACUCCAACUGGUCUCAAUAGUUUAAUCUUUUUCUCUUUGUUUUUGGACCAUAAUUCUUUUUUUAAAAAAGAAAAAAAAACAAAACCCAUCGGUUUAGUUCAUUCUGUUGCCUUGAACAAAGGUCAUUGUUUUGUUAUUUUGCAAGCAAACUUUGUUAAAGAAUCAGGUUCCUAAACAACAAAAAGUUUAGAUUUUUUUGGAGAAUUAAAAUGGGAUUCAAAGGUUUUGUUGAAGGAGGCAUAGCUUCAAUUGUAGCCGGAUGUUCCACCCACCCGCUUGACUUAAUCAAAGUCCGAAUGCAACUCCAGGGUGAAACACAAGUCCCGAACCCUGCUGUCCAAACCCUCCGCCCUGCUUUGGCUUUUCCCACAACCACCGCUACCUCCUCCUCCAUCCACGUGCCACCAUCCGCGGCAGUGCGCGUUGGACCAGUAGCCACCGGAAUCCGGAUCUUCCAAACCGAAGGCGUGGCAGCUCUUUUCUCCGGCGUCUCCGCCACUGUCCUCCGCCAGACCCUCUAUUCCACCACCCGCAUGGGACUGUACGACAUCCUGAAACAAAAAUGGACCGACAAGGAGACCAAAACCAUGCCUCUGUCCCGUAAAAUCGCCGCUGGGUUAAUUGCCGGAGGGAUCGGCGCAGCCGUCGGGAACCCAGCUGACGUGGCAAUGGUUCGCAUGCAAGCUGAUGGCCGUCUCCCUCUAUCUCAACGCCGUAACUACACCAGCGUUAUUGACGCUAUCACCCGCAUGAGCAAACAAGAAGGAAUCACUUCCCUGUGGCGCGGAUCGUCGCUUACGGUGAACCGUGCAAUGUUGGUGACGGCAUCGCAGCUGGCUUCUUACGAUCAGAUCAAAGAAAUGAUCUUAGAAAACGGGUUGAUGAAAGACGGGCUUGGGACACACGUGGCAGCGAGUUUUUCGGCGGGUUUUGUGGCGGCGGUGGCUUCGAAUCCUGUUGAUGUGAUCAAGACUAGGGUUAUGAACAUGAAGGUGGAGCCUGGGCAAAAGCCGCCGUAUGCUGGCGCUUUGGAUUGUGCUCUCAAGACGGUGAAGGCGGAAGGGCCCAUGGCUUUGUAUAAGGGAUUUAUACCAACGAUCUCGAGACAGGGACCUUUUACGGUGGUGCUUUUUGUCACGUUGGAACAGGUUCGGAAGUUGCUUAAGGAGUUUUGAGAUAUAUCAACGAGGACGAUGAUGAAAAAGAAUCUUAGGAAUUCUAUGUUUUAAGUUACGUAAUGGGUUUUCCGUUUUAUGUGGUUAAAAAAUUGGGAACGAAGGGAAAAUUAGUAUUCCCUGGAAUCUGGAGGCAGAGUUUGUCUUGCGUCUGAUUAUGAAAGAAUGUUUAUAUCUGGGAUUCUUAUUUUAAUACUGAGAUCACCAUAUAAUAUUUGCUCUUAUUUCAUUGGCUUCCAA